CCACCGCGAGAGAGAGAGUCGAGAUCCGUCGCUGCCGUGCGAACCUUGGGCUCAAUCGAUUGGGUCAGUGGGGUUCGGCAACGCUCGAGAGAACCGGCCGUUGUAUCAACGGGCGAAGUGGUGAUCGGAGCGCGUGGCGAUUUCAUGCCGGAGUCGGAGCUCCGCCGCGGAUUCCGCUGCGCCCCGCGGGCAGACUACUUCGCAGCUGUCGCUGGCCGCGACCACGUCGUCAUCUUCCCUUUCAUGGCGAAGGGCCACAUGCUCCCGCUGCUCCACUUCGCCACGGCACUCUCGGCGCAACACGGCAGGCUCCGCGUGACCCUGGUCACCACCCCGGGCAACGUGGCCUUCGCCCGGAGCCGUCUGCCCGCGUCGGUGGGCCUCGUCGCGCUCCCGUUCCCGUCGUUCCCGCCGCUGCCGGAGGGCGUCGAGUCCACCGACGCCCUCCCGUGCCCGUCGCUGCACCUGACGUUCAUGCAGGCGACGGGGCUCCUGCGCGGGCCGUUCGCCGAGUUCCUGGCGUCGCUCCCGUCCCCGCCGCUCGCGCUCGUCUCCGACUUCUUCCUCGGGUUCACGCGCCGCGUGGCGGCCGACGCCGGCGUCCGCCGCAUCGUGUUCAACGGCAUGUCCUGCUUCGCCUCGGCGAUCUGCAAGGCGCUCGCUGCGAGCCCGCCGACCAGCUUCGAGCCCGGGACCAUGAUCCAGGUGCCCGGCAUGCCGGAGCACGUGGCGGUCAGGGCGGAGGAGGUUCCCGAUGGGGUCACCAAGAGGGCCGACCCCGACAACCCGUUCACGCGCUUCUUCAUGGACGAGAUCGGUGAUUCGGACGUGCGCAGCUGGGGAGUCCUCAGCAACAGCCUCGACGCGCUCGACGCGGCCUACGUGUCGGCCUUGGAGUCAUUCUACGAGACGGGCGCCCGUGCCUGGCUCGUGGGCCCGCUGUUCAUGGCCGCCGGCGACAUGCCGGACGGCGAGAAGAAGGAGCAAGACCCCGAGGGCUGUCUCUCGUGGCUCGACGAGAGGGCGGCGCAUCCGGGGUCGGUGGUGUACAUCUCGUUCGGGACGCAGGCCCACAUCACGGACGUGCAGCUGGACGAGCUGGUGCACGGGCUGGUGCAGUCCGGCCAUCCCUUCCUCUGGGCCGUCCGAUCUGACACGUGGUCGCCGCCGGUGGACGUGGGGCCCAACAACCGGAUCGUCCGUGGAUGGGUUCCGCAGAGAAGUAUUCUGGCCCAUAAGGCAGUUGGUGGGUUCGUGAGCCAUUGCGGGUGGAACUCUGUGAUGGAGAGCCUCGCCGCCGGGAAGCCCAUGCUGGCGUGGCCGAUGAUCGCGGAGCAGCACCUGAACGCAAGGCACGUGGCCAACAUCUUAGGCGCCGGCGUCAGGAUAGCCCUGAAGGUUGGCGCUGACGUCGUCGGGAGCGCGGAGGUGGAGGAGAAGGUUCGGGAGCUGAUGGACGCUGAAAGCAAGGCGGCGAAGCGGAUGCGGGAGAGGGCUGUGUGGGCGCAGCAAGCAGCCAAGUCAGCGGUGAGCCACGGUGGAACCUCGGCCAUGGCUUUGCUCAAGCUUGUGGAAGAGCUACAGGAGACCUAUGAUGAUGGGGUCGUAGGCAAAUGUGCGAAUAGUGUUUAGAAUGAUCUUUCCAGUAAUUCUGUUAAGCUGGUGUUUAGAAUGAUCUUGCCUACUUCUGUUAGGCCUAGCUACGUAUGUGUCAUUAGCGUCUAUGGUGUCUUCUCAAAACACAAAUCAAUCGACUCUUAGCAGGUGUUUUGAUAAUUGAUCAUAAAUAAAAAUCAACAACAUAAAAUCAGGAUUCCUGAAUUGACAUAUAUGUCUGCUCCAAAUGUUACAAUCUUACCAGUGUUGACAAGUUUUUUUUCCUUCUGUGA